GGGGCGGUGCAGGAGCAGGAUAAAAGGGACUCCUUCUGCUCCCUCUCUCAUCCACUGCUCUGCCUGCGUCUCCUUGCAGCAAGGCUCAGCUCCAUCACCAGCCAUGUCCUGCUACAGCCCGUGCCAGCCCUGCCAGCCCUGCGGCCCAACCCCGCUGGCCAACAGCUGCACUGAGCCCUGCUGUGUGAGGUGCCAGGACUCCACCGUUGCCAUCCAGCCCUCCCCCGUGGUGGUGACCCUGCCCGGACCCAUCCUCACCUCCUUCCCACAGAACACCGCCGUGGGCAACUCCACCUCUGCUGCUGUUGGCAGCAUCCUCAGCAACCAGGGGGUGCCCAUCAGCUCCGGGGGCUUUGGCCUCUCUGGCCUCUCCAGCUUGGGCAGGAGCUGCCUCCCCUGCUAGAGCUGCUGGCCCUGGCCCUGGGCAAGGCCCCCAGGCACCCACCAGAUGCUCCUGCCCUGGGCACACAGCAUCCGCUUGCU